UCACGACUUUAAUUCUCUUUACACUUUUUCGUUUCCCACUAAAGCUUUGUAGAUCGCCGGACUGACGGCCGAUGGACGACAAGGCUCAGGUUUAGUUUAAUUUCUUUGUUAAACCUUAAUGUCUCAGAUGUUCAAACAUGGAGUAAUCGUGAAAGUCGUAGAGUUUCAUUUAUGAGAGCUGCAGAACCAACACAAAGGGCAUAUGCAGCUGCUGGCAGCAGAACAACCAAGCGCUCAUUCAAUGAUGAGCAUCCCUUCAUGAAAAUAAAACCUCAAAUUCUGGGUUAACAUCCUUCCUCCUCCACCACCAACCCACCAGAGGAGUGAAAAACCCUCAAAACCACCGCUAGAGAGAGGAAAGAUCAGCAGAGAGGGUCUUGUAAUUUGGGGUUUUUGCUCCGAGUGAUUGACGCUUUGGAGGGGGUUUUGCAAUGGUGGAGGGUGAUGAGAAGAAGGGUUUCUGCGGCUUCGAUGAAGGAGGGACAGUGGACUGCGCGCAGGAUGCCCGACUGUUGCUUUCUGUGAGAAGCAGCGGCAGAGGACACAACAUAGAGAAAUACAAGAAACAAAAAUUCCGCCGGUAUGCACACAGCGGUCAUGGAAAUGACCAUAUUAUGUUGGCCUGCUGGUUGGUGGUAGUUGGUGAAGAGCCCCCAGCUAAUGAAUCCGCUGCUCUAGAGAACCAGGUCCAGCUUCUGCAGAUCAGGGACCCCCUACCAACCAAGGCGUCGCUCCAAUGGAUAUCUGAUGAUGCCAUCUUAUGGUUAAAGAAAUGAUUCUCGUGUUUUGAAACUUCCAACACCAUGAUCUACUGAACAGAAUUGUUGGUAGUAUUUGGGUGCUUGUUUUUAUGAGCAGCAAUCAGAUUGUACUUCUUCAGUGAAAUUAUUUUAGUUUAUCCUUUUGUGCCUUGCCUUAUAUUAUUUUGUUUGAACACUGUAGGGCGCUCUUUUUAUUCGUGUUGGAAUAUAAUGAUGAAUUUUCCUUGUUGGGAACCAA